UGUUAUAUUUUACGCAUAAAACCCGAUAAACGACACAAUGUUUGGCCGAUUAAUGACUCGUUUGCGUGAAUGCAGUCACAGUUGGUCCGCAUAUCGCCGCUACACGAGUGUCACCGCCGAAGACGUGACCGCCUUUCGGGCGAUUGUCGGCCCGAAUGGCGUCCAAACCGAUGGACUCGACGCCUAUAACACGGAUUGGCUGAAGACUCACACAGGUCACUCGGAGUUAGUGUUGCGGCCGAAGAGCACCGAAGAGGUGUCGUCCGUAAUGUCAUACAUGAAUGAACGCGGGCUCAAGUGUGUGAUCCAAUCGGGCAACACAUCGCUGGUGGCCGGCUCUGUGCCCAUCGACAACGAGAUCGUCCUAUUGAUGGGCCGAAUGAAUGCCAUCGAGUCGUUGGACACGGCGUCGGGAAUACUGGUCACCCAAAGCGGUUCCGUAUUGCAGACACUGGAAGAGUACGUGAAUGAGAGGGGGUUUAUAAUGCCGUACGAUUUGGGAGCGAAGGGCUCGUGUCUGAUUGGCGGCAAUCUGGCCACUAAUGCCGGCGGACUUCGGUUCAUACGGUACGGCUCUUUGCACGGAAGUGUGUUAGGCGUGGAAGUGGUGUUACCCGACGGACAGGUCUUGGAUCUGAUGAGUCAAAUGAGAAAAGAUAACACCGGUUACGACCUGAAGCAGCUCUUCAUUGGCUCUGAGGGAACACUCGGUGUGAUCACCAAAGUGUCGAUUCUGUGUCCGCUUAAACUCAAGCACCAAACCGUUGCACUUCUUUCGCUUAAAAGUUAUGAUCAUUUGUUGAAAAUAUACGACAAAAUUCGGCGCCAAUUAUCCGAAUACUUGACAUCGUUUGAGAUGAUGGACGCCCUGUCUCUGGAAGCGGUGGUCAAAAAUCUGGAGCAAAGCCAUCCGCUCGGCUCUCACAACGAGUUCUACGCUAUGAUUGAGUUGUCCGCCAACGACAAGGACCACAUGGAGAGCCGUUUGUCUCAAGUGAUCGAAGAGCUUAUGAGUGAACAACUGAUUAGUGACGGCACGUACGCCAACGAUGACAAUCAUAACCGCUUUCUUAAGCUCAAGUCCUAUAGAGAACGCAUAGCGGAAGGCCUGUUGAGAGACGGAUAUAGUUAUAAAUAUGAUAUUUCUCUGCCAUUGAAUGUCUUCUACGAAAUCGUUGAAGUGAUGAGAGAACGGCUUAAAGAUACGGAUUGUCUGAAGGUUGUCGGUUACGGACACAUUGGCGACUGCAAUCUUCACUUGAAUAUAACGUCCAAAGCGUUUGAUAAGCGGAUAAAGACGACAAUCGAGCCCUUCCUCUAUGAAUACGUUGCCAAACAUAAGGGAAGCAUAUCUGCCGAACACGGCUUGGGUUUGAUGAAGAACUCAUACCUCAAAUAUUCCAAACCAGUCGAAGCCAUCGCUCUUAUGAAACAGAUUAAGAAACUUUUUGAUCCCAAAAAUACCUUAAAUCCAAAUAAAGUUUUACCAAAUGAUUGAAUAACUUGUUU